AGCUCCCGCCAUCUUUCCAGCCGGCUUCCAGGAGAAGAACACGUUGCUUGGAAAAAAAGAAGUUUCGCCGAGUUUUCGCCCCCCAGACGACCUUCCUCGCGUCUCUUCUGGCAGCCGCGCUCCGGGAGCAGAGGAGAGCUCCACAGGCGCUCCACGUCCGUCACUCCCGCCCGGCGCCAUGGCGGACAAAAACACCCGUAUCGCCAUCGUCAACCACGACAAAUGCAAACCGAAGAAAUGUCGCCAGGAGUGCAAGAAGAGCUGCCCGGUGGUUCGAAUGGGUAAGCUGUGUAUUGAAGUGACUCCACAGAGUAAGAUCGCCUGGAUCUCGGAGUCUCUGUGUAUAGGCUGUGGAAUCUGCAUCAAGAAAUGUCCGUUUGGAGCGUUGUCCAUCGUCAACCUGCCCAGCAACCUGGAGAAGGAAACCACACACAGAUACUGCGCCAACUCGUUCAAAUUGCACCGGCUGCCCAUUCCCAGGCCCGGAGAGGUUCUCGGGCUGGUGGGGACCAACGGUAUCGGCAAGUCCACGGCUCUGAAGAUCCUGGCCGGGAAACAGAAACCCAACCUGGGAAAAUACGACAAUCCUCCAGACUGGCAGGAGAUCCUGACCUACUUCAGAGGCUCCGAGCUGCAGAACUACUUCACUAAAAUCCUGGAGGACGACCUGCGGGCCAUCGUCAAGCCUCAGUACGUGGACCAGAUCCCCAAGACGGUCAAGGGCUCGGUCGGCGCCAUCCUGAGCAGGAAAGACGACACGGAAACACAAGACAUCGUGUGCGAGCAGCUCGACCUGAGUCACCUGCGCGAGCGCAACGUGGAGAACCUGUCCGGAGGCGAGCUGCAGCGGUUCGCCUGCGCCGUGGUCUGCAUCCAGCGGGCCGACAUCUUCAUGUUCGACGAGCCGUCCAGCUACCUGGACGUCAAACAGAGGCUGAAGGCCGCCAUCACCAUCCGCUCGCUCAUCACUCCGGACAGGUACAUCAUCGUGGUGGAGCACGACCUGAGCGUGCUGGACUACCUGUCCGACUUCAUCUGCUGCCUGUACGGCGUCCCCAGCGCCUACGGGGUCGUCACCAUGCCCUUCAGCGUCCGGGAGGGGAUCAACAUCUUCCUGGACGGAUACGUUCCCACGGAGAACCUGCGGUUCCGAGAGGCCUCGCUGGUCUUCAAGGUGGCCGAGACGGCCAACGAGGAGGAGGUGAAGAGGCUCCGGCACUACCAGUAUCCAGACAUGGGCAAGACCAUGGGCGAGUUCACGCUGGACAUCAAGGGAGGAGAGUUCACCGACUCCGAGAUCAUGGUGAUGCUGGGAGAGAACGGCACGGGGAAGACGACCUUCAUCCGGAUGCUGGCUGGAGGCCUGAAACCCGACGGAGGAGGAGACAUUCCCAUCCUGAACGUCAGCUACAAGCCUCAGACCAUCAGCCCCAAGUUCAAGGGCAGCGUCAGAGCUCUGCUGCACGAGAAGAUCCGAGACGCCUACACACACCCGCAGUUCAUCACCGACGUCAUGAAGCCGCUGCAGAUCGAGAGCAUCAUCGAUCAGGACGUGCAGAACCUGUCCGGAGGCGAGCUGCAGAGGGUGGCCCUCACGCUGUGUCUGGGCAAGCCGGCCGACGUCUACCUGAUCGACGAGCCGUCCGCCUACCUGGACUCGGAGCAGAGGCUGAUGGCCGCCCGGGUCAUCAAGAGGUACAUCCUCCACGCCAAGAAGACGGCGUUCGUGGUGGAGCACGACUUCAUCAUGGCCACCUACCUGGCCGACAGGGUCAUCGUGUUCGACGGGAUUCCCUCCAAGAAGACGGCGGCGAACACGCCUCAGAGUCUGCUCGCCGGCAUGAACCGCUUCCUGUCGCUGCUGGAGAUCACCUUCAGGAGAGACCCCAACAACUUCCGGCCGCGCAUCAACAAGCUCAACUCCAUCAAGGACACAGAACAGAAGAAGAGCGGGAACUACUUCUUCCUGGACGACUGAGGCGGGAGGCGGAGUCAUCAGAGAACCGCCGAGAAGGAGGAGCGUCGCUUCAUCAUGACUCAGCAAGUUUUAACUCGAGCAGAAUAAAGCUGAAGCUUGA